AUGCAUAUCACAAGCAUCCUCACGCCCUUGGCUCUGGCUAGCCUGGCCACGGCCGGACCCGUCCAGGUCGCGGAAAGGCAAGCCCAGAAGCUGAGAAUCAUGCCUCUUGGUGACAGCAUCACGGAGAUCACCUGCUGGCGGGCCUUUGUCUGGGACCAGCUUGCCGAGGCCGGGUACGCGAACCAGGUGCAGUACGUGGGCUCUCAGAACAGCAACCCGCAGAACUGCAGGCCCAACACGGCCAACUGGGACAUGCAUCACGAGGGCCACUCGGGCUGGCUUGCCAUCGACAUUGCCAACAACUACCUCACCAACUGGCUCAGGAGCACGCCCGCCGAUAUUGUCAUGUUCAUGCUGGGCACCAACGACGUCUUCCGCGGCCGCAGCACAAACGACAUCAUUGCUGCAUACACCAAGAUGGUCAACAUUAUGCGCGCCGCGAACCCAAAGAUGAAGAUCAUUGUCGACCUCGUCAUCCCUCUCGGGACGGGAAAUAACGCGGCCGUCCAGGCCCUCAACGCGAGAAUCCCGGCGUGGGCUCAGGGACUCAACUCCACCGAGUCUCCCAUCGUCAUCGCCGACUGCUACACGGGCUACAAGACAUCGGAUUUGCGUGACGGCGUGCAUCCGAACCUGUCGGGCGACCGCAUCAUUGCCUCGCGUGUUGGUCCGCUGCUGCUGGAGUAUGUGAGGCAGUCGCUGGGUCAGUGA